CUCCAACCCUCCCUCCCUCCCCCCCCCCCCCCACCCCACCCCCACACACACGAACGAUCGUUCAAUCGCAGGCACCUGCUGGAGCCGACGACCCCGUUUGCGACUGCGGCGGCGGCGGUGGUGGUGGCGGCUCUGCUCCGCUCCGCUUCCCGGUCACCAUGGCAACGCCCUACCUGUGGAAGCUGUCGUCCCAGAAGCUGGGAUUCUUCCUGGUGAGUUUCGGCUUCAUCUGGGGGAUGAUGCUGCUGCACUUCACCAUCCAGCAGCGCGCCACCCACGAGAGCAGCACCAUGCUCAGGCAGCAGAUCCUGGACCUUAGCAAGCGCUACAUCAAGGCCCUGGCCGAGGAGAACCAGAGCGUCAUGGACGGACCCUACGUGGGAACUAUGACCGCCUAUGAUCUGAAGAAGACCCUGGCCGUGCUGCUGGACAACAUCAUGCUGCGACUCGGCAAGCUGGAGUCCAAGGUGGAGAACAUCUACAACGGCACGGGCGCCAACCUGACGUCGGGCACCAGCACGGCCGCCCCCAGCGCCACCAACGCAGGGAAGGUCAACGUGGCCGACCUCCUGAACGGUGCCCAGGAGAAGUGUGACCUGCCCUCCCUGGACGGCUUUCCUCACUGCGAGGGCAAAAUUAAGUGGAUGAAGGACAUGUGGCGGUCGGACUCCUGCUACAAUAACUACGGUGUGGAUGGAUCCACCUGCUCCUUCUUCAUCUACCUCAGUGAGGUGGAGAACUGGUGCCCUCGUCUGCCAUGGAGGACCAAGAACCUGAACGACGAGGCAGACCGGAGGAGCCAGACGGACAUCCGGACUAGCUUCGACGAGCUCUACCGGGUCAUGUCCCGACGGGAGGAGUUCCGCUGGAUGAUGCUCCGGAUCAAGCGCAUGGCGGAGCCCUGGGUCAGCGCCAUCCGCUCGCUGGCGGGCAAACAGAACCUGGCUAAACGCAAGAGGAAGAAGAUCCUGGUGCACCUGGGUCUGCUGACCAAGGAGUCGGGCUUCAAGAUAGCGGAGAACGCCUUCAGCGGGGGCCCUCUGGGGGAGCUGGUGCAGUGGAGCGACCUCAUCACCACCCUCUACCUGCUGGGUCACGACGUCCGCAUCUCUGCCUCCCUGGCCGAGCUCAAGGAGAUCAUGCGGAGGGUGAUGGGGAACAAGUCCAGCUGCCCCACCCAGGGGGACAAGGUGGUGGAGCUCAUCUACAUCGACAUCGUGGGUCUGACCCAGUUCAAGAAGACUCUGGGCCCGUCCUGGGUUCACUACCAGUGUAUGCUGAGGGUGCUGGACUCAUUUGGCACAGAACCGGAGUUUAACCACGCCCACUACGCCCAGUCCAAGGGACACAAGACCCCCUGGGGCAAGUGGAACCUCAACCCCCAGCAGUUCAACACCAUGUUCCCCCACACGCCAGACAACAGCUUCCUGGGCUUCGUGGUGGAGCAGCACCUCAACGCCAGCGACAUUCGACACAUCGACGACAUCAAGAGGCAGAACCAGUCCCUCGUCUACGGAAAGGUCGACAACUUCUGGAAGGAUAAGAAGCAGUACCUGGACAUCAUCAACACCUACACAGAGGUGCACGGGACGGUGCACGGCACCAGCACGGUGCACCUGCCCAGCUACGUCCAGAACCACGGCAUCCUGAGUGGACGGGACCUGCAGUUCCUGCUCAGGGAGACCAAGCUGUUUGUCGGCCUAUCCUUCCCCUACGAGGGCCCCGCCCCCCUGGAGGCUAUAGCCAAUGGGUGCGUUUUCCUCAACCCCAAGUUCAACCCGGCAAAGAGCAGCAAAAACACCGACUUCUUCAAGGGCAAACCCACGUUGAGAGAGCUCACCUCCCAGCAUCCGUAUGCAGAGGUGUACAUCGGGCAGCCUCACGUGUGGACGGUGAACAUUGAGGACCCUCUGGAGGUGGAGAAAGCACUUCGCUCCAUCCUCAGCCAGAAGAUCGAACCCUACCUGCCCUAUGAGUUCACCUGUGAGGGGAUGCUGCAGAGAGUCAAUGCCUUCAUAGAGAACCAGGACUUCUGCCACGGCCAGGUGAUGUGGCCCCCCCUCAGCGCCCUGCAGGUGAAGCUGGCUGAGCCUGGACGCUCCUGUAAGCAGGUGUGUCAGGAGGAGCAGCUCAUCUGUGAGCCCUCCUUCUUCCAGCACCUCAACAAGGACAAGGACCUGGCACGGUUUGGCGUGGCGUGCCAGACGGUGGAGUCGUCAGCGGACACGGUGGUGCCGGCCUACAGCGAGGCCAGGAGACACUGCGUCUUCCAGGCCGACCUGCUGCUGUUCAGCUGUGCCGGCUCGCACCCCUCCCUCAAACGCAUCUGCCCCUGCAGGAACUACAUGAAGGGCCAGGUGGCGCUGUGCACCGGCUGCCUAUAGCACCAGGGAGGGGGGGACCCCACCCUCCACUCUCUCCCUCUAAGCAGAGCACUGCUGAGGGGGGCCUGCCAGUCUGCCACCCCCCCUGCCUCCCCCUCCAGGCCCUCCCCCCUCCUCCUCACCCCUCUCCCUCUGAGUCCCAGCCGGGCCUGUGGGGAGGAGACACCUGGUCUCCCCGGGCGACGGGGAGGGAUGGAUCUGUAUUUAUGUGUCUGCAUUUAGCCUUGUUCACUGUAUCAUGGAGCUGACGGGAGACAUGCAGGCUCUCCACAAGCUAGGAGACCAGGAAUGAAGACGGUUACUAACGCUCUAUCAGGUGAGGAGCAGGAGGAGGAAGAGGAGGAGGAGGAGGAGGAGGAAGAGGAGGAGGAAGAGGAAGAGGAAGAGGAAGAGGAAGAGGAGGAGGAGGAGGAAAAGGAGGGUCACUGCAUAGCUGCCUGCAGUGUGUCAGCAGCCUGAAUUACUUGAAUCAAAGGUGUGUUUAUUGUGUGAUCUGAGUUGAUGGACCUUGAGCCCAUGGAGCUCUCUACUGCCCUGUGGUGGGUCGGGAGUGGUACUGCAGCCUGCACAGUGUCUGUCUCCGAGGGAGCAGCCAACCAGUCUGUCUGCGGGACAUUCUGCCAAAACCCAACCAGACCAGGGCGCUGUCGUCAACUUUGAACUCUUUUAGCUAGGAUGUAGGUUAACCCUAACCCUAGGAUGUAGGUUAACCCUAACCCUAGGAUGUAGGUUUGCACUGGUGUGCCCAGGUCCCUAACAUGGCCGACCCAGGCUAAAUCACGGAGGAGAAACCGGGCCAGUUUAACACUGUACCUGACCUGCUCACGCCUGCCUGCCCGCCCAUCCAGCUCCUGUCUAGGCUGUGGGGGGGGGGGGGGGGAGAGCAGGCAGAUGAACAUUUUUGAUUCAAUGUCUUUAUUUCUAUGAAUGCUUAUUAUGCUGUUGUACAAACUUCCCUUUUCCAACCGUCACUUUCCCUGUGACCCCCCGGUCCUUUCCUCCCUCCCCCAUGAACAGAGACAAAGCUAUCACCCCCCCCCCCCCCCACACACACACACACCACCUGACCCCCAACACACACACAUAAUAUUGGAUGUGCUCCCAAAAAGGCCAGUAAAAAAAAAAAAGGAUUUUGGGGAAAUAAAGGAUUUGAAUGAACGAUGGCCUUUGGAUCAGUCAUUUAGACAGUAGGUGAGUUUAACCAACCACCUUCCUUAGUCCCUCUACAGUGCUCAGUGCUGUCUGCCUGGUCCUAGUGAUGGGGGAUAACAUUCUGGUAGAGCAUCGGACUGCAGAUCAUGGGGUUGCAGGUUCAAAUCCCCUUUCUGUCUCUUUGGAUAAAAGCUUUUUGCUAAAUCAACACAUUAUUAUUAUUAUUAUAAGAGCAACACCUAGGCUACGUCCCAAUACUCAUACUAUUUCAUAUUUCAAAUAAAUAUUUGAAUGUCCCUAAACAUCUAAUACAGUAGUCCAGAAGAACCAGGAUGUCCUACAACAUCCGGUAGCAUUUAGCAGCUUGCGAGUCAGCAUGCUUUUCUUGCUAUCCUGACCCACAAUCCUUUGUGCAGUGGAAGAGGCGUCAACAGUACAACAGCAGACCAAUAUAAACCUGUCUGCCCCAGUCUAAGACGUGGGUACAUGAUGAUUUGGUGUGUCCCAAACUGUUUGAAUUGUACGUAUACUGCCGUCCACAGUAUGUACUUUGUAAGGGCAGCUGCAGUACCUACUAAAAGUACAAAGUAAAAGAAGGCGAUUCGGGCCGCAGUCUUUACCUCUGCUGCUGGGUAGCUCAGUCACCUUAAUCAGAUCAUACUCGCUCUUUGCCACAAUGAUUUCAUUUAAAAGGCGUUCGAAAGUUAUCGAUCGUGGAACAUCAAUUCUAAAGUUAUCAAUCAUAGAACAGUUAUGUUAUUCUGAGGUUAUUGAUCAUGUAACAGAGUUCUAAAUUCUAAACAGUCAUUCAUCGUGGAUAUUAAUUUGAUUGAUCUUUCAUCUGUGCUUGGUGUAUAGGUUGAGUUGUUCACGUACACACUGUAAAUCUCCACUGGUGAGCAAAACACUAACUGUCACAUUCUUGUUUAUUGGAAUCAGGAUUGUUAGGAUCUUAAUUUGCCUGCAGACUUCCAAAAAAAGCAGAAGUAAAAGAAAAUGAUUAGUCCUUGUUGUGAAUGAAAAUGCACUAUGCUAACCUAUUUACUAAAGUUUUAACAGAAUAUAUAAUUACACUGUAUAUUGUUCAUAAGGGUUUUAAAUUCUUUUUAAUUUAUUUUGUAUACAAAUCUUUAUCUCUGUCUUUGCUGAAAAUAAAUCUUUGAUGUUUUUUUUUUUUAUUUAUAGAGCGGAGCUUUGUUUUUAUGAGGGUAGUAGUAUUUAUGGAGUAAUUUAAGUUUGUGAACAUCACCAGUCAGGUUGGUGACUGAGGCUGGUGUGCUUGGUCCAGUCAGAUUCAUCCCCAGAGCUGAGCUCGGGGGACUGACAACAUCACCAUGACGACAUCACCAUGUCAACAUCAUAAAUGCCUUUGAUCAUUGGCUGCUGCAGCAUGCUGCCUGGUCCACCAGCCUGACCUCACAACAUUCCAAAUCAUUAACUGAACUGAGCGGAACAGCUGGACGAAGCUGUCCACGGGGUUUGUUUCCGCCCACUCCGUGUGUUUGGUGGGUGGGUGGGUGAGGUGGAGCACAUCUCCACCCUGAAUCCACAGGCUUUUCAAUUGGCCAGGGAUUCAUUGAAUCGGUUGUGGUUCCAAACGGAAAGAUUUAAAGCUGAUUCUUGUUCCAAUCUGAAUAAUGUAGAAGUGAUUCCGUCUCCAUAAUAGAACCGAUAGGAGUUUUCCGUCUACAUUGAGAUCCAUUGGUUGUUGUAGGUACAGGAACGGCGCUGUGGCCCUCUCACUGUUAUCUUGGUACAGGAUCAGACUGGACCAUAGCAGUGCCACCAUUUUAUUGUACAUGCCAGCAAGAACCUCAUUUUAAUGUUUUUAUUAUUCAAAUUAUUUUUCCUGUCCUUUUCCCCUUUUGCACAUGUUUUGUAAAUAUGGAUGUUUGUUUGCCCGACACUCUGUUGUCUGAUUUAACAGUUUAGACCCGUCAUGUUUUGUACAUAGGACUACAAUCUUCAGCCAAGCUACAGUUUUCAAGUAUAUGACGUGCCUUUCGAUGGUCACUAUAUUGGCUUCUUGUUACCGUCAGUAGAACUACAGUAUAGUAACUGCCCGCCAGAGGAGAAACUGUAGCAGAGUUCACCUAGGUUCACAAGCAGCGUCAGGACUAUGUUGUAAACACUUGCCAUAGGUAGGCCUAACUGUCGUGUUGGACUGUGUGGUGAUAUUGGCUAGAGAAAACCUGUCUUAAGAGCUGUGGUGAACAUGUUCACCCAAGGCUUUUAGUGGGUACAGUACAACACAGUCUAUUAAAGCAGCUGUUUUUGUAUGGGAGUGGCCUUGUUCACUUCCUAUACCAACGUAUUCUGAGCAUGCCGUCAACACUAGUAGUUCAAUGGUUUGUUCUCCAUGAUUUGACGUACCAUUAUGAACGAGGGGAUGUGAGCUGGAUCCAUGCUGUUGUGGUUUGGAAACCCUUGACAAAUAACCAUGAAAGAGGACUCUGGGCAGUUAUGAAAUGUAUGAAGAGUAUAUUAAACAACAAAAGGGUUCCUUGCCAUUUUUGGGAACCCUGGUUGAAUGUGUUUGUUGUUCCAUAGUCAUGCUACCAUCACACACUGUUUUCAACUUGACUUUGUUUUAUGCUGUCUAUAAUCAAUUAUGGAGAAGAUAGAAAUAGUGACAAAAUCACAAGAAAUCAGUGGGGAAAAAAUGUUUUGUUUUCACAGUCUGACGAAUAAGCAGGAUAUAACUUUAUUUUUCAAUAAACCUUUUUUCUGUGACAAACAGUUUCUAGUCUUUAUCUAAAUAUACACUCUUUCCACUACAGCAGUUCAGUUGCAAUAUUUACAUACAUCACUUGAACAUCCAAACAUGGAGGCCAAGAGGCCAACUCUGUCCUGUGGCUCAGAUCUGCCAGCGUACGCGUGU